AUGGCUUUUGUCAAAAUUCACUACAACUGCGAUGAAAUUUUAUUGCCAUUGACAACUGGGGGAAAUCUAAAGCUGAGUGUUUUGAAGCAAUAUUUCCCCAGUGCAGUGGGCUUAACCUAUAUUAAAGAUGGUCACUCAUUUGGCGUCAAAAUCAAGAAUCCGAUCAUUAGUAAAAAAAGGAAACUGGUUGAAGAAAUGCUGAGCAAGCUGCCUGCGUAUGACCAGCAAAUUUUGGGAAGCUCUAAAUCUAAAAAUACAAUUUUAAAUAAUCCAUACAUUUCCAUGUUACAGUUUAUGACAAAACCUGGUUAUUCUACAUCCGCAUCCACUUCUACACCACAAGGAACAUCAAGUAAGAAACAAGAAUUAAUUUCUUACCGAAAAAUUUUGGUUGGCUGGCUGCGCAACCAAGAUGGAAUUUUCAAGCAAGUUCUAAAACCAUUAGGUGGUGUUAAGCAACUCUCUUUAGAAGUUGGUAAAAAUUACACGGUCGAGGAUAUCACAGUAUUGGCAACACAAGAGUUCGAAAAAAAUUCUGAUUUGUCAUUUGAUAAAUACAAAGUUUUACUGGGCCAUUUCAAUGGAUCUGUCAUUUCUAACUUUAAAAACGGAAUGGACCAAGAGACAAAAAGAUUCGUUUUUUACCUUUUGACAUUUUUGAAAAACGAACCUUCAAUGGUUCAAGAUAUAUCAGAACCCUCAAAGGGUAAGCUUCCUUUCCAAUAUACGAAAGACAAAUCUAUUGCAUGUGUGCAAAAAGAGGAUCUCUAUCAAAUGAGAUAUGACGACUUAUACCGUCUUACUAUUGAUGAGUUUGAUCCUUUUAAGAACGGCUUUCGAGUUGCAGAAAUCUCUACUGGGGGGAAAAUACUACUGAACAUCUAUACCGAUCCUGAGAAUCUUCAGCGUGAAUUUCUGUUUCCGGCAGCAGAUAUUAUUGAAGAUGAAGAAGAUUCGAAUAAUAAUCAUUACAUCAUCCAUGAUGUUGAUGAACUUAAUGGCUAUUGUGAGAAUAAACUCGGAGUUGGUGUCAUAACCAACUGUAAGGAUCGUUGCAAGUUUGUAUUUGUGUGGUACAAAGAUGAAAAGUUAUUUGAACAGGGUCAGUUCAGGUACUGGAUAUCAGGUAUUGAUGUUAGUAGUACUUACAGAUGUGUUAUUAAAUGCCAAUCGAUGGAUCAAGAAAUUUCUUCAGGAAACUUUAAAUAUAAUGAUGACGAGAAUUCGUCGAAAUCGACUCUGAUGGACAACGCUCUGUGUAUUUUGAAAAAAGCUCAAAACUCUACGAUUACAUCAAUCAAGAAAGAAAAGCUUAUUAUUUUUAAAGAAUUGUUAGGAGCUGGUGCACAAGGAAAAGUUAAAAAAGGCCGUUGGAAUGGAACUGAUGUUGCUGUGAAGACUAUUAUUUUAUCUGAAUCAAAUUUAAAGUUAGCAUGUCGUGAAAUAAAAAUUUUGGAAGUUGUCAGGCAUCCGAACUUUAUUCAAUUGAUGGCUUAUUGUACAGAGAGAGAUAGGAUACAUUUAAUUAUGGAGUUAUGUGAAAGUACUUCUCUAAAUGACAUUAGAUUUGUAAAAAUCUGUGACUUGGGGUUGAGCAAAUUUAAGAAAAUGACUUUCUCGUUGAAAAGCACUAUUGGCCGUACCAGAUUUGUUCGAGGAACUCCAUUGUACAUGGCUCCUGAAUUAUUAUUGGAAAAUUCAGAAGCGAAUGUUUAUUCUGAUGUUUGGGCUUUAGGUUGUACCCUCGUGGAAUUAUACUCAGAAAAAACUAUUUGGGGUGAUACAAACAGCGAAGAUGGAUUAAAAAUGAUACUACGGCAGAAAAAAAUACCUGAUUUAAGCUGUAUUCCACAAUAUUUGAGAUCUGUUCUUUCCAAAUGUUUUUCUUAUGAUUGCCAAAAUCGGCCUUCAGUAUUAGAUAUUUUGGAAUGUUACGCCAAUUUGGGAUUUAUUAAAUCAGAAGUAUUAGCCAUGUGA